AUGGCAUACCUUUUGCUUAUCAUUCUGAAAACAUCAUCUGAUAAUCUACGGGUAUCUAUUAUCUCACAACUCAAUUCUGAAUUUGCUAUGAAAGAUUUGGGUUCAUUAAGCUAUUUCUUGGGAAUUGCUGCCCACCGCCAUCAACAUGGUCUUUUUUUAUCUCAAAGGAAAUAUGCAACUGAAAUUCUUUUUUUUUUAUCUCAAAGGAAAUAUGCAACUGAAAUUAUUGACUUUGUCGGUAUGUCGACUUGCAAACCAUUUGUUACACCUAUUGAUACCAAACUCAAGCUUAGCGCCUCAUCUAGUCCUCCAUAUGUUGAUCCUUCUCAUUAUAGGAGUUUGGCAGGAGCCCUUCAAUACCUAACGUUUACUAGACCUGAUAUCACGUAUGCAGUCUAA